UCUUGUGCAGCCAUGUAACUUCCCCUCUUUAGGGGUGUACUGAUACUAUACAUGUACUCCAUACCCGUGGAGUGUUUUCAACAGAACAGGACUCAGUGCUACGUGGGAGUGGUGACAAUGUGUUCCUGUAUAGCAUCAUGGUGUUCGCCGUAUGGGAGGUAUUUGUUGGAUUCAGAAAGAUCGGUUACUUAAAUAUCAGGCGGAUGCACUUAUGCAAUCAUAGCCAAGCCGGCAUCCCAAACCGUAUCCAAACACUGCACACAAGCCAUCACAGCCGGUCCAACAACCGCACACCAAACAUACCUUCCACCAACUGGAACCGGGACAGGAGCAGUAGAAUUUUCCAUGGUCAUCAGUCCAAGAAUUUUCUCCCAGGCUCAGCUUACCAUCUCUCCACGAUCCCUCCCGACGUUGCAGUGUUGCCAUUUAUAUUCCAGAGAUCGCCAAAGGGGAGACCAUUGUGGACGUAUGAUAGUGGGGUUGUGCGGCUGUAUGCUUGUUACAUACUGCAGGGACAAGGGGACGUGCUAAUAACGAUUACUUGGAACUGGACAACCGUCUUCAUUUCCUUCCAGCUCAUCCCGGACAGCAGGAGCUGUCCCCGCCGUCAAUGGUGUUCUCCGUGACUACUCUACCUCUCCUCCCGAAUCGAGGAUUCGGCCUCGGAUUCAACUGGUGACCGGUCUCUCACAUGUUCUCCGGUACUGCUAUCCGGAACUCCCCCUCCUUCCGGGCGUACAUUUACAUAUUUAUCUUCAUGUCAUUUGCCCAUGCGAGUGGGUUUGUGAAGGCCAGUCGCGACGGAGACAGGCGCUCGCUUGGCGACUACUCGAUGGAGUACGGUGGACCUCGGAGGGGUAUUACUGUAUUUGAAAGGCAAAUUAUGCUCAAGGACAGAUCUUCGUCAUAAAAUUAUAAUUUGAUCAUAGCU